AUGACUUCCGAAGCCAUUCGCAAUAUAGCCGGCCAAUUGGGUGUGACACCUGCAAGCCACGGAUACGAGUGCUAUCGAUUGCAGGGUCUCCAACAGCGCACCGUACAGUCGGAUUUCUCGCAUGUUGAUCUGGCAGACCAUGUCAAGUGA